AUGAAGUCUCAAAGUCUUGCGCUUUUCGGACUUUUUGUCUCCUCUGCCUUUGCGGUACCUAAGGCCAAAAGGCAUGACGGUGGCAGUGACCAGCCAAUCAGUGGUGGCAAAGGCGCCCCUAUCCUCGGUGGUACCAACAGAGCUCUGGAUCUCCAGAACCCCGAUCAAUUCCGCACCCCUAGCACUGACAACGGCUUCGUGCCGAAUGUGAAGUGGAGCUUUUCCGAGUCCCAAACUAGAUUGUUUCCAGGCGGUUGGUCCAGAGAACAAGUCAUUCAGGACCUACCUCAGAGUCAUGACAUUGCUGGUGCUCAGCAGCACCUGAAGAAGGGUGCUAUCCGCGAGCUUCACUGGCACAGAACUGCUGAAUGGGGUUUUGUCUAUAACGGAUCUCUCUUACUUUCUGGUGUUGACGAGCACGGUGGCUUCACCACUGAAGUCCUUGAGACUGGAGACAUCUGGUAUUUCCCCAAGGGUGUUGCCCACAACGUACAAGGUCUGGACGAUGAGAACGAGUAUCUCCUUGCCUUCGACGACGGUGACUUCGAGAAGAUCGGAACCACCUUCAUGGUUGACGACUGGAUUGCCCACACCCCUCGAGAUGUUCUCGCAAAGAACUUUGGUGUUGACCCCAAGGUUUUUGACUCGGUUCCUGCUAAAUUCCCUUACAUCCUCAACGGCACUGUCAGCAAGGAUCUUGACAAGGCUCCCGAGGGUACUUUGAGAGGUGAUGAUUCAUACGUCUUUCACACCUACAAGCACAAGCCCGAGCCUGUUCCUGGCCAUGGCGGAACAUUCCGAAAGAUUGACUCCACCAACUUCCCCAUCUCGAAGACCAUCGCUGCUGCCAUUGUUGAACUUGAGCCCAAGGGUCUCCGGGAGCUUCACUGGCAUCCCAAUGAAUGGCUGUACUUCCUCCAGGGUCAUGCUCGCGCGACCGUAUUCAUUGGUGACUCUAAGGCCCGCACCUUUGACUUCCACCCGGGUGACACUGCCGCCUUCCCCGACAACAGCGGUCACUAUAUCGAGAACACAUCCGAGACAGAGAAGCUCGUCUGGAUCGAGCUCUACAAGAGUGACCGUGUCGCUGAUAUCUCGCUUGCCCAAUGGCUUGCUCUCACUCCGUCUGAUACAGUUGCCAAUGUCCUCAAGAUUGACAUUAGUGUCGUCGAGCAGAUUAAGAAGGAGAAGCAGAUUCUUCUCCCGGGCAAGAAAUGA